GCCAGUGAAAAGCAGUCUUAGUUUAAAGUUUGAAGUAUUGGGAGGUAGUGCAUAUGUUUCGACAAGUAUUGCGCCAGAGAGUUAAACCACUAAGUUUUUCUGCGCUCAAGUGGUCUCCACAGAUAACUAGACUGUUUACUAAAUCAAUUCGAGUUAAUAAGCCAAUUAUAGAAUCAAGCAUAUUUCCAAGAUCUAGAAUUUUAAAAUCAUUAACAAUUGUAAUUGGAGUCGGAGGUUCGGUAUAUAUUAUAGAUAAGUAUGCAUAUUCAUCAUUAAUUACAAGAUCAGUUAGAGCAUUAUAUGUAUUACUUUGGAUUGCUUAUGAAUAUGGUUUGAAUACUGCUAGUUAUAGUAAUAUUAAUGAUUUACAUGAAAAAUGUGCUGAAAGUUUACUUGAUUUGUUAAUGAAAAAUAAAGGUUUAUAUAUUAAACUUGGACAAGCCAUUGCAAAUCAAGGUAGUAUUUUCCCAUUAGCUUACCAAAUAAGAUUUGAAAAGAUGUAUGAUGAUGCUCCUAUAGAAUCUUGGAGUAAAAUAGAUAAUGUAUUAAAACAAAAUUUAGGGGCAAAUUAUGAAUCGGAAAUAUUUGAACUGAUUGAUCAUGAUCCAGUAGCUAGUGCAUCUAUUGCUCAAGUUCAUAAGGCUGUACUUAAGGGGAGUGGUGAAAAAGUUGCAGUCAAGAUUCAACAUAGUUAUAUUGGUAAUCAGAUUGUUAUUGAUCUAUUCAUAUAUAGAUUUAUGGCUAAAAUUUAUGAAAAAGUCUUUGAAUUACCUAUGAGUAUGUUUACCUCGUAUGUAUCUAAACAAAUGCAAUUAGAAGUUAAUUUCAUCAAUGAAUUGGGGAACGCUGAAAAACUUAGAGAACUACUUGAUAAUGAUCCUACUUUAUCCAACAUCAAUGUCUAUAUUCCAAAGAAUUAUCGAGAUGUUUCUACUGAACAAAUUCUUGUAAGUGAAUGGAUUGAAGGUAUUUCAUUAGUAGAAAAGCAGAAAUUACUUGACUUGGGUUAUAAUGUACUGUUAAUGAUGAAACAAUAUUUAACUAUCUUUGGAAGACAAAUAUUCAAAUAUGGAUUUGUUCAUUCUGAUCCUCAUCCUGGUGAUUUGUUGGCUAGGUUUGAUAAGAAUGGUAAACAACAAUUGGUUGUUUUAGAUCAUGGAUUAUAUAUUCUGUUACCAGAUAAAUUUAGAGUGGAAUAUUGUAAUUUAUGGAGAUACUUAUUCCUGUACAAUAAAGAAGGAAUAGAAGAUAUAGGUAGAAAUUGGGGUAUUCAAGCUAUUGAAUUAUUUUCAACUUUAGUUCAACUUCGUCCACCUGUAUUGGAUCAAACUAAAAUAGAUAAUGAUAAAAGAAAUGUUAAUAGCUUAUUUCAAGAUUUCAUAGGUGAUGAAAGUCGAUUCCCACUUGAGUUAUUAUUUUUAGCUCGAACUAUGAGGAUGAUUCAAACUCUAAAUCAAGGAUUUGGUAGUCCCGUUAAUAGAAUUAAUUUAUUAACUAAAGCUCUGGUAGAUGCACUAGCCACCGAAAAAUCAUUAAAAUUUAAUGAAUAUUUUGAUGUAAUCCUAAUUAGAUUAAAUAUAUUCUUUAGUGGACUUAUCUUUUUCCUUAUAAGACUUAGACAAGUUCUUCUAGGUGAUAGAUAUGGUGGAAAGGGUAAAGGUUUUGAAGAUUAUAUAGAGGUAUAUUUGCAAAAUACUGCAAAAUCUUUAGGCAUAGAUAUGUAAAUAGCACCCAUUUUUGUCUGUGUCUCACUCUCACACUUUUUUUCUGUUCUGUACAUAGUUUAAAUUUUUAGUGAUGCUCUGCGCUAACCAAAAUAAAAAAAUCUGAAAAAUUUCAAU